CAGCGCAGCUCGGCACAGCGGGCGGCCCCGCUUUCCUUUCACGACCUCCCUUCCUCCCGCGCUCCGUUCCCCAGCCGGGACUCGGCGAUGGAGCUCCGCGAGUACCAACUGGAGGCGGUGGCCCCGGCCCUGCGCGGCCGUAACAGCAUCGUGUGGCUGCCCACGGGCGCCGGCAAGACCCGCGCGGCCGUGCACGUCUGCAGGCGGCACCUGGAGGAGCGGCAGGGCGGCCGGGUGGCCGUGCUGGUCAACAAGGUGCACCUGGUGCAGCAGCACUUGGAGAAGGAGUUCCACGUCCUGCGCGACGCCUUCAGAGUGGCAGCGGUCAGCGGGGACAGCAGCCAUAAAUACUUCUUCGGGCAGCUGGCGAAGGGCAGCGAUGUGGUCAUUUGCACAGCGCAGAUCCUGCAGAACGCGCUGCUGAGCGGGGAGGAGGAGGCGCACGUGGAGCUGACGGAUUUCUCCCUGCUGGUGAUAGAUGAGUGCCACCACACUCACAAGGAAGCUGUCUACAACAAAAUCAUGCUGAGUUACCUCCAGAAGAAGCUCAGCGGACAGCGGGACCUGCCGCAGAUCCUGGGCCUGACAGCAUCCCCUGGCACCGGGGGGGAAACUUCCUUCGAAGGGGCCGUGGAGCACAUCCUGCAGAUCUGUGCCAACUUGGACACCGAGGUGAUCACAUCAGUGCAAAUGCACGCACAGCACCUGCAGAGCCAUGUGCCCCAGCCCAGGAAGCAGUACGACCUGUGCCAGGAGAGAGCACUGGACCCCUUUGGCCAGCGGUUGAAGAAGAUCAUGGCACAGAUCCAGGAGCACAUGGAGAUGCCCAGACUGCUGCAGGACUUUGGCACGCAGGUGUACGAGCAGCACAUCGUGGAGCUGGAGAAGAGAGCGGCAGAGAGUUUUUGUCGCAAGACGCGGGUGUGCGCGCUGCACCUGCGCAGGUACAACGAUGCACUGCUGAUCAACGACACCGUGCGCAUGAUGGACGCCUUCCAGUGCCUGCAGCAGUUCUAUGCUGCUGAGAGGGACACAAAGGACCCCACCGAGCGCUUCCUGGCCACCACCUUUGAGGAGAACAGGGCCACGCUGCUGGCGCUGGCCGGAGACCAGCGUUACGAGAACCCCCGGCUGAGCAAACUGGAGGAGAUCCUGCAGGAGCACUUCUCGCCCCGGGGCUCAUCUCGUGGCAUUGUCUUCACCAAGACCCGGCAGAGCGCACACAGCCUGCUCAGCUGGCUGCAGGACACGGCCGGGCUGUGCGGGCGGUACAUCAGGGCGGCCGCGCUCACCGGUACCGGCUACAGCAACCAGGCCAAGGGCAUGACCCAGAAUGAGCAGCAGGACGUGAUCACACUGUUCCGCAGAGGAGAGCUCAACCUGCUCUUUUCCACCAGCGUAGCUGAGGAGGGCCUGGACAUCCCUGAGUGCAACAUUGUGGUGCGCUACGGGCUGAUGACCAACGAGAUUGCCAUGGUGCAGGCCCGGGGUCGUGCCCGUGCCCAGAACAGUGUGUACUCUGUCCUUGCCAAAGCCAGCAGCCGGGAGGUGUUCCGGGAGCAGCUCAAUGAGAACCUGGUGGAGCUCAUGGAGAGGGCCAUCAGCACAGUGCAAGCCAUGCCUGAGAGGGAGUACCGCUUGAAGAUCCAGGAGUUGCAGAGAAAUGCUGUUCUCAGCUGGCAAGUGAAGGAAGACAAGAGCAGCAAGAGGCGGCAGCUGCACGAUCCGGAUGACGUUUACUUCCACUGUGUCAACUGCAAUGUGGCCGUGUGCCGCGGCAGCGACAUCCGCACAGUGGAGGCCAUGCACCACGUGAACAUCAACCCCAACUUCAGGUUUUAUUAUACAGUCUCACCUGGGAAAAUACAGUUUGAGCGGACGUUCAGGGACUGGGAGCCCGGGUGCCGCAUUGUGUGCAGUGAGUGCAGGCAGGAGUGGGGAAUGGAGAUGAUCUACCAGAACGUGACCUUACCCAUCCUCAGCAUCAAAAACUUUGUGGUGGUGACCCCGGAUGAGACGAAGAAGUACAGUAAGUGGAGCAGAGUGACAUUCCCCAUCCAGGAGUUCAGCUACCUGGAGUACUGCUCCAGCACCCAGGACGAGUCCCUGUAGUGCCGACUCACUCAGGGCUGCUCCCAGGCCACACCUGGGGCAGGAGGAACCUUUCCAUCACCUCUGGGACAGGACAUCGCUUCAGGCCCCUGCAGGGGGCUGCACCUCUCUGCUCUCUGCAGCCGCGUCACAGCCCGUCUGUGUGCAAUCCUGCGGGAGUGACCGCAAAACUCUGCUAAAGGACUUGCGGUACCGGGACGGGGCAGCCCCGUGCCCCCGCUGCCGGGCAGCGGCUCCCGUCCCUGCGGUGCUGGAGCUGCUGCCGCGGCGCUGCAUCCGCGUAGCGAACCGACGGCCCGCGGUGCGAUCCGGCGUCCGUCUGCUUUAUCAAGUCGGGCAUCCCGCGUUGUCAACGCGCGUGGUGGGUACCUGGAAA